AUGGAGACGGGCCCGGCGCCCCUUGUGGCCCCGCCACGCCGUCAUGGCGCCCCCGCGGCCCCCUCGCCGCCGCCCCGCGGCUCCCGAGCCGGGCCCGUCCUGGUGGUGGCUCCGGGGCCGCCAGUGACCACGGCCACCUCAGCCCCGGUCACCCUGGUGGCCCCCGGGGAGGCGCGGCCCACCUGGUUACCGGGGCCGACCCAGACCUCGGCCCCGGCUUCAGCUCCGGCCCCGGCCCCGGCCCCGGCCCCGGCUUCAGCUCCGAUUCCGGCUUCAGCCCCGGCCCCGGCUUCAGCUCCGAUUCCGGCUUCAGCCCCGGCCCCGGCUUCAGCCCCGGCCCCGGCUUCAGCUCCGGCCCCGGCUUCAGCCCCGGCCCCGGCUUCAGCUCCGAUUCCGGCUUCAGCUCCGGCCCCGGCCCCGACGGUCACGAGCAGCACAGUGGUGGUGCUAACGCUGGAGGCCUCAGCCGAAGCGCAGGUCUCCCCCGGCGCAGAGGUCCUGGUGCCCGCGGCAGUCUCGACGUCAGUAGGGGACCAGACGUCAAUGGCUCAGGCCGAAGGGGCAGACUCUCCAAAGACGGAGGAGACUAGAACCUCACCCGCCUCUGGAUCGGGAAUCUCCAACGGGACCUCCACCAGAACCCCUUCCAGAACGGCUCCCGGAGCGCUGACCGCCAAACCCCCCCUUGCCCCCAAGCCGGGAACCACAGUGGCUUCAGGAGUGACUGCACGGAUUGCAGCAGGGACAGCAGGACAGGUGACAAGUGGACAUGGAGCUGCAGCAUCAGCAUCAACAGGACAGGUUCCAGAGGACCCCUCAGGGCCUGGCACAGGGCCUUCGGGGGCUAGUGAACCUCAGGGAGCGGUUGUGACGGUGACCCCUGCUCCAGAGCCUGCAGAAAACUCGCAGGAUCUAGGCUCUAUGUCCAGCCUGGGGCCUGGCAUCUCUGGGCCCCGAGGGCAGGCCCCAGACACCAUGAGCUACUUGGACUCCGUGAGCCUCAUGUCUGGGACCUUGGAGUCCUUGGCGGAUGAUGGGAGCUCCAUGGGCUCAGACUCAGAGAUAAACGGGCUGGCCCUGCGGAAGACGGACAAGUAUGGCUUCCUCGGGGGCAGCCAGUAUUCGGGCACCCUAGAGAGCUCCAUUCCCGUGGACGUGGCUCGGCAGCGGGAGCUCAAGUGGCUGGAGAUGUUCAGUAACUGGGAUAAGUGGCUGUCACGACGUUUCCAGAAGGUGAAGCUGCGCUGCCGGAAGGGAAUACCCUCCUCCCUCAGAGCCAAGGCCUGGCAGUAUCUGUCCAAUAGCAAGGAACUCCUGGAGCAGAACCCGGGCAAGUUUGAGGAGCUGGAACGAGCUCCUGGGGACCCCAAGUGGCUGGAUGUGAUUGAGAAGGACCUGCACCGCCAGUUCCCUUUCCAUGAGAUGUUUGCUGCUCGAGGAGGGCAUGGGCAACAGGACUUGUAUCGGAUCCUUAAGGCCUACACUAUCUACCGGCCCGACGAGGGCUACUGCCAGGCCCAGGCCCCUGUGGCCGCGGUGCUGCUCAUGCACAUGCCUGCUGAGCAAGCCUUUUGGUGCCUGGUACAGAUCUGCGAUAAGUACCUCCCGGGUUACUACAGUGCAGGGCUGGAGGCCAUUCAGCUCGACGGAGAAAUCUUUUUUGCGCUGUUGCGCCGUGCCUCCCCACUGGCACACAGACACCUGCGGCGGCAGCGCAUCGACCCCGUGCUCUACAUGACAGAAUGGUUCAUGUGCAUCUUUGCCCGCACCCUGCCCUGGGCUUCAGUGCUGCGGGUCUGGGAUAUGUUCUUCUGUGAAGGCGUAAAGAUCAUUUUCCGGGUGGCCCUGGUGUUGCUGCGGCACACACUGGGCUCAGUGGAGAAGCUGCGUGCCUGCCAGGGCAUGUACGAAACCAUGGAGCAGCUGCGCAACCUGCCGCAACAGUGCAUGCAGGAGGACUUUCUGGUGCAUGAGGUGACUACCCUCCCAGUGACAGAAGCACUGAUUGAGCGAGAAAACACAGCCCAGCUCAAGAAGUGGCGGGAAACCCGGGGGGAACUACAGUAUCGGCCCUCACGGCGACUACAUGGCUCCCGGGCCAUCCAUGAGGAACGCCGGAGGCAGCAGCCACCCCUGGGCCCCUCCUCUAGCCUCCUCAGCCUCCCCGGCCUCAAGAGCCGGGGCUCCCUGGCAGCUGGAGGGGUCCCAUCUCCACCCCCUCCUUCCCACAGGGCCAGUGCUGGGCCUGCCCCAGGGCCUGUGGUCACCGCUGAGGGACUGCACCCAUCCCUUCCUUCGCCCACCGGUAACAGCACCCCUCUGGGCCCCAGCAAGGAGACCCGGAGGCAGGAGAAGGACCGGAAGCAGGAGAAGGAACGGCAGAAACAGGAAAAGGAACGUGAGAAACAAGAAAAGGAGCGUGAGAAAGAGCGACAGAAACAAGAGAAAGAGCGGCAGAAACAAGAGAAAGAGCGGCAGAAGUGGGAAAAGGAGCUGGAGAAGGAACAGCAGAAGCAAGAGAAGGAACGGCAGAAGCUGGAGAAGAAGGCCCAGGGCAGGAAGCUCUCACUGCGUAGAAAGGCAGAUGGGCCUCCAGCCCCGCAGGAUGGUGGGGAAAGGUCCUCAGCCUCCGAGACCCGGCAGGAUGCUUACUUCUGA